AUGGGUCUUUCAAUCUCAAAAUUAUUACAAGGCCUUUUUGGUCGCAAAGAAAUGCGUAUUUUAAUGGUUGGUUUAGAUGCUGCUGGUAAAACCACCAUUUUAUAUAAAUUAAAAUUAGGUGAAAUUGUUACAACUAUCCCAACUAUUGGUUUCAAUGUUGAAACUGUUGAAUAUAAAAACAUUUCAUUCACAGUUUGGGAUGUCGGUGGACAAGAUAAAAUCCGUCCAUUAUGGAGACAUUAUUUCCAAAAUACUCAAGGUAUUAUUUUCGUUGUUGAUUCUAACGAUAGAGAUCGUAUUUCUGAAGCUCGUGAAGAAUUACAAAGAAUGCUUAACGAAGAUGAAUUACGUGAUGCUUUAUUAUUAGUUUUCGCUAACAAACAAGAUUUACCAAAUGCUAUGAAUGCUGCUGAAAUUACAGAAAAAUUAGGUUUACAUUCAAUCCGUCAACGUCCAUGGUACAUUCAAGCUACUUGUGCUACUUCAGGUGAUGGUUUAUAUGAAGGUUUAGAAUGGUUAAGUACUAACUUGAAGAACUCUGCUUAG